UGUUUUAUCCGAGCGACUUUGGAAGCGACGUCUUCAGCGAUGCGGUGUCGUGAGAGCCGUGGCGCGACGGGGAUUGGAUCAAGAUGCUGGGAGAUCGCAUCGGUUACGAUCAAUUCGGAUGUCUGCAAGGGGAAAUCUUCAGUUCUCUGAUGCCGGGAGGCAAGCAGACAGUUUACCUGCCUACCUACAGGAAGAGGUACUUCGGUACGGCGGAUCGUCACUCCACGUAUCGCGAUAUCAAUGUGUUCGCGGCUUCGGAGGAUGGCACCUUGGUGCACGUUGCCACCAGAUCCAUGAUCAACGGAUGCACGCAAUUGAGAUACGGCAGCGUCCUCUACGGAAACGGACAAUUGCACUGCGUGUCUUCUCACGAUAUGCUGUUGCAGCAUUUGGGAGAUGACGGAAACGUACCUAGGAACGUGUCCAUCACGUUAACAACAAAGAAAUCCACCAUAAGAUGCUUCUUCCACGUCUCUCCAAAUGCGCAAACUUCGGUGAAGAAUGACGAGGCUUGCGGUUGGCUCAUGAGGUUUGCCAGUGCUGAAGUCAACAUGGAUCUUCACAAAGCUCGUGCCACCAUGCUCCUAUGGUACCCUCACAAAGGAAUCGAAUCUGCGAAUCCUGAGCCGCUGCUGAAACCCUUGAAACCGCUCUACCAGUGCGAAAAGGUCACUUUAACACUGGAUGAUGAGGAUUGUUGCGUUUCGGAGUUGGCCGGUUCCAAGGGAAGCUCUUUGGCUUUGCUUUCUUCCAUUGAAUCAUCCGAAAUUCAAAUUCCGGAUGGAUUCGUAAUAAGUGUACCGGCAUUCAGACAUCAAAUCGGUUCAAAUGUUAAUUUGAGAAAGUCGGUGGCCAUGAUUCGCAUAGCUUGCGACGAUUCUUUGCAAGUUGCUUGUGAAAGAGCUGAAAAACUGUUCAAGAACGAAGAAAUCGAUGCGGAAAUCGUCGCUGCUGUGAAACGCGAGAUGGGUAAGAUCACGCAGAAGAGUUCCGGAGAGAUUCGUUGGGCGGUGAGGUCUUCGGCGGUCGUCGAAGAGGAUUCCGAACAUUUGCUCACAAUCCUUGAUUGCAAAUCGGAGCAGGAGGUUCUCAAGGCUGUGGCGGCGUGCUGGGCUUCCCUGUAUUCAUUCGACAGGGUGCAAUACCGACUUACGCACGGAAUUCAAUUGGAUGGUGAUAUGGGAGUCGUUGUCCAGAAGAUGUUAAAUCCGGAAGUCGAAGGAAUCAUGUACACGUGCCAUCCUCGAACCGGUGAUUUGAGUCGGAUGUUGCUGGAAUUUCCAUCAUCGCAGAAAUCCAUGGUGUUGAAGAGGAGUUUCGAUGGGAAGAUUACGGUUGAUGGGAAAACGCUCGAGUUGAGCGUUGAUCAGGCUCAGAGUUUGGGUGAAAUUGGAGUCGAUUUGGAAAGGAGGUGCGGAUCUUCCAUGGAAAUCAAAUGGAUCAUCCAACAGGGAAAAGUGCAUUUGCUGCAAAUAAGACCGGUGUCGUUGGAUUCUUGGACGGAUUUCGAAUUGGAACACGAAUUCGAUACUCCAGUUCUGAACGGUCAAGAUGUAUUCACGACGGCUAACGUGAAAGACGCUAUCCCUUCGGCGAUGACAUCUCUCAGUAAUACGAUUGUCAAGAGAGCUUUGGAUGGGCCGAGAUGCGCGGAUCGUAGUUUGUUAACUAGGAAUCAUAACGUGUUUCUUAAUGUUAAGAAUGUUCUUAUGAAUAUUAUGCCGAAAUACGCGAAAGGAACUUUGCAUUUGGCGGCGUUCGGACACGAAGAGCCUCUGCUUCGUCACGGAAAUUUAAAGCCAGCUAUGAUUCUGCUCAAAGAGGUUGUUCCUUGCUUGAAGCACGUCAAGGCGAUUGUAAAUAGAUCGAAGCAAUUCACAGAGAUUCCAAUAGAUAUCAAAGUUGGGAUGAGCUUGAAGGAGACGCAUGAGGCAAUCACCAAAUAUUUGGAGACGUUGCAGGAGAUGUGCAGGGCGCAUGCUGCCGCCACCCAAGCAACGACGUUCUACCAAAGCGCAGCGAUGGUUGCAUUGGCUGGAAGUUUGGAAGAGUUCACCAGCGAUCAUUACCACGACUUUGCUCUGAUCCUGCCAUCAUCCGAACAGUCCUGCUGUAUCCCGGAAGCAGCUGUGAAGGCUAUCGAAGAGAGCGGAAAGAUCGAAGAAUUUGUAUGCUUGGACGCGCCUUCCGGACGCAAAUGGUUGGAGGUGAAUGUUCCGAAAGCUUCGAUAGCCUUGGAAAGGUUCCUUGAAACGCACGGACAUCGCUCUUUGCAGGAGUUUGAAUUGAUGGGUGAAACUUGGGCGUCGAAACCGGAGAUUCUGGUUGGAGUUGUUCAAGCCCUCUGCACCGUGAAUUCUUCUGGAAAACCGCAGCGUGGUCUUCGCUCGAGAAAGGUGAUGAAAUCGCUUAAAACUCCAUUAGGAUCCAUCAGAAGGUGGUUAUUAAAGUAUUUGGUGGUCAAAAGCAGGAGAUCUCAAAGGAUUGCCGAGGACAUCAAAUCGGAUUUGGCCCAGUCCGUCGACAGAUUGCGCAAGGCUUUCCGCGUGUUAGGGGAGGGUUUGGCGGAAAUUGGAAGAUUACCGCACAGAGAUUUGAUCUUCCAUCUGACGAAGUUUGAAGUUUCGCAGAUUGUCAACUGCAACAACCACGAACUUGUCGCAAAGGCUUUACAUCGAAAACGCCUGUUCCCUAAAUGGAACAGUUACAGGUACGCAGAAUUCCUGCAAGGAUUACCGCAACCGGAAGUAUUUGCACCCGUCGGCAAGACGUUGGGCGGUGAUGUCUUCCUGAAAGGAACGCCAGCUUUCAACGGGGAAGCGCAGGCUCGCUGCUGCGUUGUUAAUAAAGUCUCAGAUAUCGCGCAGAUGAAACCUGGUGAUAUCUUGGUGACGCGAGGAGCGGACGCCGGUUGGUCACCAUUUUUCCCAAUAUUGUCAGGUGUUGUUCUUGAGCGGAGCGGAUUAUUAUCAAACGGAGCUGCGGUGGCCAAAGAAUUCGGGCUUCCGUGUCUUGUCGGAGUGGAGGAAGCGACAAGACACUUCAAGACCGGAGACGUCGUUGCCAUCUCUGGAAAAUUCGGCACUUUGCGUUUGAUUUCUCGCGGAAACGAGCGUUAAAGUAUUAAUUAUUAUUAUUUCUUAACAAU